AAAGGGGUGGGAGAUUUCCCUGCCUCCCGGCCGCUUAAAGCUGCGCUGCCCGGCGGUGGCUUCGCGGCCCUGGGCGGAGGGAGGCUGGCGGCAUCCGCGCUGCGCCGCGGGGAGCGGGCGGAGGGGAGGGCGGCGGCGGCCCCGCGGGGCCGGGCAGCGCUGGGCUGCGGCAGCCGGCGGGGGCGGUCUCUCUCUCGGCUGGAUGGCCGGUUCAGCCGGCUGUCCAGGGCGCCGGGCUCUUUCGCAUCCCGGGCUCUUUCACAUCCCUCCUCCCGCAUCGCACUGCAAGAUGUGGACUGCUGUGAAAAGUGUGUGACAAAACAUUCCCAUCUGUGUGGAGAUGGAGUGACAGCAAUCAGAAGAUUGAGCAAAACAGAAAGAGCAGCUCUCGCUUUGUAGUUUGGUGGCCAGGAGCAAAAGUAUUUCAACUAGGCUUCACCUCUGGAACGAAGUGCUGUAACUCACCGCUGAACCAACAAAUUGGGAACAGCUCAUAGCAUCAGAAACUUUAGACUAAUGCCACCUAUCAAGUCCUCAAGCACUGUGAACUGAAACUACACAUCUUUAUGGAGUUUGUAUCAACUUGGUCAAAAGGAAUGCUUUUCUGAUUUUUAACGAGGACCAUUACUGCCAUUAUGAUGAGCCAGGAGAAGUGGGUUAACCUUAGUCCUGGAGAAUUCUCCCAGCUUCAAAAAUAUGCAGAAUAUUCCACUAAGAAAAUUAAGGAUGUCUUAGAAGAAUUCCAUGGCAAUGGUGUGUUAGCAAAAUAUAAUCCUGAAGGGAAACAAGAUAUACUUAAUCAAACAAUUGAUUUAGAGGGAUUCAAAUUGUUCAUGAAGACUUUUCUGGAGGCAGAGCUACCUGAUGAUUUCAUUGAGCAUCUUUUUACAUCAUUUAGCAACAAAAUCUCUCACUGCAGCCCCUUAAUAAAAAACAAACCCCAGCUUCUUUCUGGAGUUAAGGUGUCUGAAGAACGAUGGAAACAGAUGCCAGGUCUGAGACUUAACAAAGGUACCUCUACAUCCCGGCCUCCUACUCCUGCCAACUUAAAUUUACCAGAUGUGAUCCAGCUGAAAGAUAUUGUUUGUUAUUUGUCACUGCUAGAAAGAGGAAGACCUGAAGACAAGCUAGAAUUUAUGUUUCGAUUAUACGAUACAGAUGGAAAUGGAUACCUGGACAGUUCGGAGUUGGAAAAUAUCAUUGCUCAAAUGAUGCAUGUUGCAGAGUACCUUGAAUGGGAUAUUACUGAACUGAGUCCAAUUCUUCAUGAAAUGAUGGAAGAAAUUGACUAUGAUCAUGAUGGCACUGUUUCUCUAGAAGAGUGGAUCCAAGGAGGAAUGACAACAAUCCCACUCUUGGUCCUUCUUGGAUUAGAGAAUAAUGUGAAAGAUGAUGGGCAGCAUGUAUGGAGGCUGAAACACUUUAACAAGCCUGCCUACUGUAAUCUUUGUUUGAACAUGCUAAUCGGAGUAGGGAAGCAAGGUCUCUGCUGUUCUUUUUGCAAGUAUACAGUCCAUGAACGCUGUGUCUCAAGAGCUCCCGCGUCUUGCAUCAAAACAUAUGUGAAGUCCAAAAAGAACACUGAUGUAAUGCACCAUUUCUGGGUAGAAGGAAAUUGUCCAACAAAAUGUGAUAAGUGUCAUAAAACCAUAAAGUGUUACCAAGGCUUGACUGGACUUCACUGUGUUUGGUGUCAGAUCACAUUGCAUAAUAAAUGUGCUUCACAUCUAAAACCUGAAUGUGACUGUGGACCUUUGAAGGACCAUAUUUUACCACCCACAUCAAUCUGCCCAGUAGUAUUGACGCUACCUACUUUAGGAGGUUUGCUCCCUGAGGAAAGACAGGCAACAGUGAAAAAAGAGAAGGGUUGUCCCCAGCAAAUGAACAAACUGGGAGAACGAAACAAAAUGCAAAGAGCAAAUUCCGUCACCGUAGAUGGACAAGGUCUUCAGAUCACUCCAGUUCCAGGCACUCAUCCACUUUUAGUUUUUGUCAAUCCUAAAAGUGGUGGGAAACAAGGAGAAAGAAUUUAUAGAAAAUUUCAGUACCUUUUAAAUCCUCGUCAAGUUUAUAGUCUUGCUGGAAAUGGGCCAAUGCCAGGGUUAAGUUUUUUCCGAGAUGUUCCUGAGUUCAGAGUACUAGCAUGUGGUGGAGAUGGAACAGUAGGCUGGAUUUUGGAUUGCAUAGAGAAAGCAAACUUGCUUAAACAUCCUCCAGUUGCUAUUCUGCCUCUUGGGACUGGAAAUGAUUUAGCAAGGUGUCUGAGAUGGGGAGGAGGUUAUGAAGGAGAGAAUUUAAUGAAGAUUUUAAAAGACAUUGAGAACAGCUCAGAGAUUUUGCUGGACAGGUGGAAAUUUGAAGUAAUUCCCAAUGAUAAAGACGAGAAAGGAGACCCAGUGCCUUACAACAUCAUCAAUAACUACUUUUCUAUUGGCGUGGAUGCUUCAAUUGCCCACAGGUUCCAUAUCAUGAGAGAAAAACAUCCAGAGAAGUUCAACAGUAGAAUGAAGAACAAAUUUUGGUAUUUUGAAUUUGGCACUUCGGAAACUUUCUCAGCCACCUGUAAGAAGCUGCAUGAAUCUGUAGAAAUAGAAUGUGAUGGAAUUCAGCUAGACUUAAUCAAUAUUUCUCUGGAAGGAAUUGCCAUUCUGAACAUCCCAAGCAUGCACGGUGGAUCAAAUCUUUGGGGAGAGACAAAGAAAAGACGUAGCCAUCGUCGGACAGAAAAGAAGAGGUCAGAUAAAAGAACCACUGUCACAGAUGCCAAGGAACUGAAAUUUGUAUGCCAAGAUCUUAGUGACCAACUUAUGGAAGUGGUUGGUCUGGAAGGAGCCAUGGAGAUGGGUCAGAUAUAUACAGGUCUGAAAAGUGCUGGAAGACGACUUGCCCAGUGUUCAUCUGUUGUCAUCAGGACCAGCAAGUCACUGCCUAUGCAGAUAGAUGGGGAACCUUGGAUGCAAACCCCUUGCACAAUAAAAAUUACCCACAAGAACCAAGCCCCUAUGUUGAUGGGACCUCCUCCAAAAACUGGUCUUUUUUCUUCUAUCAUCAAAAGAACAAGGAACCAUAGCAAGGAAUAAGCCUGUGUAGUUUAGUUUUUAGAAAACCAAUUAGCUUUGUUGGGCUUUGGAAUAUUUAUGCUGGAAAACUUUCAAGAAUUUUAGAAUAUAUACUACUUGCAAAAUCAUGGAUUUUGGUUUAACAGUUUCUGUGACUGAGCUAAUGUAAAACUAUGUUAUUAGGAAAAAAAUAAUAAAAAGUCAUGGUUUUGUAGGUAUUUUGCAUGAAGAAAGCAAAUCUUUACAUGAAGUGAUACAGCAUUUUUUUUUCUUGUUGUUGUUGCAUGCAGUAUCAUUUACUAAUCUAUGCGAUAAUUCUGCCAAUAAAUAUAGGAAGGGAAUGCCAUGAAUAAUUUGAUUUUCUCUCUAUUCUAUUUCUAGCUUUUUUUUUUUCUCUUACAAUGAUUAUAUGCAAUAAGUUCAACAGUAUCCCUUGAAACAUCUUCAUAUCAAUAACAAAUUAGACCUGUUUCAGAGUAAAGUUUAUUACAGGUCUCAUUAACCUGUACUUUUAGUUUAUCAUUUGUUUCUACCCUAAGAAUAUUUUUAUUCAGAUAAGUAUUAAAAUCUUAUAUCUUAUUCUGAUAAUUCCUAUGUAUAUGAGUGAUUGUAUCUGUUAAAAUCUUCUAACUCAAUGUGUGCAGUAUUCAAAUGAUCGUGAUAAUUUGAGUGUAAGUUUUAGCAAGACUGGAAAUCAAUGGAAAUUUGAGCAAAAACUAUGUGGUUAAGGAGAUCAUGCUAAGACUGAAGAUGUUAAUACUUGCAAAACUAAGCAUCUGUGUUGUUGAAACAUUAGAAUUAUCUUAAUGAGCAAUACAUCACUGUAACACAGCAAACUUUAAAUCGCUCUGUGUAUCGAUCGAUAGUAUAGUGCGUAUGCACACAAAUAACCAAAGCUCAUGCCUAAUAAAGUGCAUUUCCCACCAAA